AUGAACACCUUCCUUCUCUCUGCACUGUGCCUCCUUGGGGCCUGGGCCGCCCUAGCAGGGGGAGUCACCGUGAAGGGACUCCCUUCUCAGUCCUUCCUCCUACACCUUCCUCUUCAAACUUGGAGAAAGAACAUCAGUGGAGCACCUGGCUCCCGUGUGCUGCAAACACUGUUUGAGUGCCACCGGGGCUGGAGAGGGGGCAGUCCUCGGGGAAGCGGCCAGGAGAUCCUGGAGAGGCUCGAGGCCAUCGCCGAGGAUCCGAGCACGUGUGAGAUCUGUGCCUACGCUGCCUGUGCUGGAUGCUAG